AGGCGAACUGGACGACUCGGGACCCAAAUCGAGCUCACCCGGAGUGAACGCUUCCUCUCAGUUGUCAACAACAAGUGUGAAGGGAACAGAGAGUACAACUAGCUGAACAUACUCGGCGACAAAAGGCAGAUAUACAAGGAGCUGAACAUUUCAGGUUACACACAGCAUGAACUCUGAAAGGCUCGUUUGUCUUCUCUACAGUCAAGUACAUCAUACACAACAAAGAUUUUAAGGCAAAUGUGGAUCGAGUAAAAAAAAAAAAACAGUCAUCAACCCCCAAAUACAUCCAUGUGUAUAAUCUUCUUGAAGUUUGACCCCCGGCCUGCAUCCAAAAAUGCCUACAGGCUGAUUUUGGCUGCAAACAGAGACGAGUUCUACAACAGGCCGUCCAAAGCUGCAGACUUCUGGGGGACCAACAGUGAGAUCCUCAGUGGCCUGGACCUUGAAUAUGGCAAAGAAGGAGGGACAUGGCUGGGGAUCAGCAAGCGGGGAAAGCUUGCCGCAAUCACCAACUACUUGGAGGGACAUCCCAACCCUGACGCACAGGGGAGAGGGUUUCUAGUGUCCAACUACCUUAUGGACAAGGAUCAGGACUGCUACUCGUACCUUAAGAAGGUGUCGACAGAAAGCCAUGUGUACAACGGCUUUAACCUCAUCACAGCCGAGUUCAAAGCCGAACAAGACACUGUGUGUUACUAUGGAAACAGAGGCAGCCCUGAACCCAUCCAUCUAAAACCAGGAGUGUACAGCUUGAGUAAUUCGUUGCUGGACACUCCAUGGAGGAAACUGCUGCAGGGAAAGCGACACUUCACCAGCGUCGUCAACGAUCAGUCGCUGUCCUGCGACGGCCUGGUGCAAGAGCUACUCGGCGUCCUCAACAAUGAGGAUCUGAACACACCUGAUCCAGCUCAGGAGAGCCAGGGGGACGGUUACAGCCUGUCCAUGAUCCAGGCUCUGUCAGCAGUGUGUGUUCGCUACCCUCAUUAUGGCACAAGGACCAACACAGUAAUCCUGAUAGACGCAGAAGGUAACGUGACCUUCACAGAGCGCACCAUGCUCAACUGUGACACCAGCAAGUGGAGCACCAGCUCCUUCCAGUUCACACUGCAGGACUGAAGACAUGAUGAAGUUAACCCACUCUGUGCCUUUCUGCAUCACUACUCCUCCUCCUCCUCCUCCUCCUCCUCCUCCUCCUUCUCUUCCUCUUCCUCCUCCUCCUCCUCCUCUUCCUCUUCCUCUUCCUCCUCCUCCUCCUCUUUCUCUUCCUCCUCCUCCCCCUCCUUCUCUUCCUCUUCCUCCUUCUCUUCCUCUUCCUCCUCCUCCUCCUCCCCCUCCUUCUCUUCCUCUUCCUCCCCCUCCUUCUCUUCCUCUUCCUCCUCCUCUUCCUCCUCCUCCUCCUCCUCCCCCUCCUUCUCUUCCUCUUCCUCCUCCUCCUCCUCCUCCCCCUCCUUCUCUUCCUCUUCCUCCUUCUCUUCCUCUUCCUCCUCUCUCCUCCUCCUCCUCCUCCUCCUCUCUCCCCCUCCUCCUCCUCUUCCUCCCCCCUCCUCCUGUUCCUCCUCCAGCUGCUCGUCACUGAAGACCCGUCUGCACUUUUCUAGUGUGCAGCAGAAGCUGCCUCACAAACAUCGGUGAAACGUAUUUCUUAGAAUUGGUUUGAGUCAAGAUGCAUCUUUUGAAAAUGUGUGCUAAUUUAUAAGAUUGCCAAAGACUAUUCAGGAUUUUGUAGUGCAACAUAUGUUAGCUACAUGUAACCAAACAGCAGGGUUGGGAUGCUUUAAGAACUCGGAUCCAUUAUAGACUGCCGUCAUGCACGAGGUUAGUUGCAGUCUAAUUUAUUCCUGUUGGUGUCUGAUUAUUUCCUUUAAAAUCGAUGAUAGAGCAACAAUAAAAACCUGUAAUUUAAAGUAAAAAUCCAGCUAAUUAUCUUUUGCUUCACACUGUAGGAAUUGUCAGGUUAUCGUUUUUUUACGGGUGAUAUGUAAUUUGUUUUAAUUUCACAGUAAUCAUCAUAGAUUAAAAGACAGAUUGUGUUUCUGGUAACUGUAACCUUCUCACAGGUGAUUCAUUAUAAAUUAUUUUGGGCACCAACCCUGCACUACAACACACUCAGUAUUGGUUCCAGCAGUCAGUUUUAUAUGCAAAUAGAUUCAGACAGUGGAUCUGGGACAGGGUCCACGGUGGAAUAAUGCAUUAUUCAGCUGCGUGACAAUAAAAACAAUCAUUCAAACGCUCA